AUGUCCGGGACAGAGACUUGGCCAAUUAAAAAGGGCGACGAAAAAAAAGUAGAAGUAGCAGAAAUGCAGAUGCUUAGGUGGAUGUGUGGAAUGACCAAAAACGACAGGAUCAGAAGCGAGACCAUAUGGGGUACAGUAAAGGUAGCAUUACGCAUUAAAGCCACUGAUGGAACUCAGAUAUCCACCCUAUUCAGCAAGUGUGGUUAUCCAAGGCAGCGAUCUAUCCUUGAGCAGGCGCGCACUUCAGGAGGUGAUGCCUCAAGAAAUCUUUCAUCUCCAAGAAGCGUACCUGGGUAUAGGUGGACUUUUAAAGUUAAAUUCUCGAUUUCCAGUUCGUCCAGCAAGGCAAUUCUCCUGAAAUUCACAUCAGAUUUAUUUUUUACUGUUAUCACAUUCAUGCAUAUCAAUAUGCUAUAA